AUGCCAUCUCCACCCGCCAACCCUCACAGAGUCAAGAAACCCGUGCAUUCGGGGAGCACGUUUGAUGGCAAGCACAUCAGUGCGAAGAAGGCGGCAAGUUUCCUUCAUUCGGCAAGGAAGCAGAACGAAGCAACAUCUGCCAACAACUCCACUCCUACCGCGAACACUCAAACAACAAGGAUCGUGCCUACAAAGAAAUCCGAACCUGAUUGGGACCCAAAACACUUUAGACUAUUUGUAGGAAAUCUCGGUCCCGACGCUACUGAUUCACUUUUACAUGCAUCUUUUGAGAAGUACGCUACGCUCAGUAAUGUUCACGUUGCCAUCGAUAAAUCGAGUAAGAAACCCAAGGGUUUUGGAUUUGUCGCGUUUGCCGAUGCAGAUGAUUACUUGAAUGCGUUUAAAGAGAUGAAUGGGAAAUACAUUGGGCAGUUUCCCGUGCAAUUGAAACGUGCUGAGUCUGGUGUUCCCAAGAAGAAGAAGAAGAAGCAGCAGCAGCACAAGGGUUAG